AUGAGUUAUUCAUCUUUUACUAGCAUUUUGUUAUUCAAUCUUAUUCUGUUGUACUCAUGCUUUGCCAUUGAUGUUGAUUAUGAUUCAAAAGCUCUCAUUAUCAACGGAGAAAGGCGUCUUAUAUUUUCCGGUGCAAUCCAUUAUCCAAGAAGCACCGUGGAGAUGUGGCCCGACCUUAUUCAAAAAGCCAAAGAUGGUGGCCUUGAUGCCAUUGAAACUUACAUAUUUUGGGACGUUCACGAACCUGUUCAGCGCGAAUAUAAUUUCUCGGGAAAUUUGGAUUUUGUCAAAUUUUUCAAACUUAUUCAAGAAGCUGGACUGUAUGGCAUUAUACGGAUCGGUCCUUAUGUAUGUGCUGAAUGGAACUACGGAGGGUUCCCAUUGUGGCUUCACAACAUGUCUGGGAUCAAGCUAAGAACUGAUAAUCCAGUUUAUAAGAACGAAAUGCAAAUUUUUACCACAAAGAUCGUUGACGUGGCAAAAGAAGCGAAUUUGUUUGCAUCACAAGGUGGACCGAUUAUUCUAGCUCAAAUUGAGAAUGAAUAUGGUGAUAUCAUGUCGCAUUACAACGAUUCAGGGAAGGUAUAUAUUAAUUGGUGUGCUCAAAUGGCUCUAGCACAAAAGAUCGGUGUUCCAUGGAUCAUGUGUCAGCAACCUGAUGCUCCGCAACCAAUCAUCAAUACUUGCAAUGGACAUUAUUGUCACAAUUUUCAACCCAAUAAUCCAAAAAGUCCUAAAAUGUUUACUGAAAAUUGGAUUGGUUGGUUCCAAAAAUGGGGUGAAAGGGUUCCACAUAGAACUGCUCAAGAUUCAGCUUUCUCAGUUGCGCGAUUUUUCCAAAAUGGUGGUGUAUUAAACAAUUACUACAUGUACCAUGGAGGAACUAACUUUGGUCGUACGUCAGGUGGACCGUAUAUAACAACAUCAUAUGACUAUGAUGCACCGAUUGAUGAAUAUGGAAAUUUGAAUCAACCAAAAUGGGGACAUCUUAAGGACCUUCAUGCAUCAAUUAAAUUAGGUGAAAAAGUUCUUACAAAUUAUAGCACAAGGAACGACAAGGAUCUCGGCAAUGGAAUCACACUAACAACAUACACUAAUUCCACUGGUGCAAGAUUUUGUUUCUUGAACAACAAUGACACUAACAAUGAUGCAAAUGUUGAUUUGCAAAAUGAUGGUAAAUAUUUUGUCCCUGCUUGGUCUGUGACAAUUCUUAAUGGUUGUAAUCAAGAAGUUUUCAAUACUGCAAAGGUUAAUAGUCAAACAUCAAUAAUGGUGAAAAAGAGUGAUGAUGAUAAUAAGCUCACUUGGGAGUGGAAAAUGGAGCCAAAGAAAGACACCAUGCUUGGAAAUGGAAGUCCUAAAGCAUAUCAGCUUUUGGAGCAGAAGGAGGUAACAUCGGAUGCUAGUGACUAUUUAUGGUACAUGACUAGUGUUGAUAUCAACGACACUUCAAUUUGGAGCAAUGCAACUCUCCGUGUGGACACGAUGGGUCAUACACUUCAUGGCUAUGUUAAUAGGAGGUAUGUCGGAUACCAAUUUAGUCAAACGGGAAAUCAGUUCACUUAUGAAAAACAAGUUUCUUUGAAGAAUGGAACAAACAUUAUAACUUUGCUUAGUGCUACAGUUGGGCUUGCAAAUUACGGUGCAUGGUUUGAUGAAAUAAAAGUCGGCAUAUCAGGAGGUCCUGUUCAAUUGAUUGGAAAGAAUAAUGUGACUAUGGAUUUGUCAACCAAUUUUUGGUCUUAUAAGGUUGGUUUGAAUGGUGAGAGAAGGCGUCUAUAUGAUUCGCAAUCGCAACCACAACCACAUGGUGCAUCAUGGCGCGCUAUUCCUAUUGGACAACCUAUGAUUUGGUAUAAGGCAGAGUUUAAAUCUCCUUUAGGAACAAACCCGGUUGUGGUGGACUUGCAAGGCUUAGGUAAAGGACAUGCUUGGGUGAAUGGUCAUAGCAUUGGUCGUUAUUGGUCUUCUUGGAUUACACCUUCCGAUGGAUGUAGCAACACGUGUGAUUAUCGUGGAAACUAUACCCCGGAAAAAUGCAAAACCAAUUGUGGAAAUCCAUCACAAAGGUGGUACCAUGUGCCAAGGUCAUUCAUGAAUGAUGGCUUGAACACAUUGGUUUUGUUUGAAGAAAUAGGUGGAAAUCCUCUAAGUGUUCAGUUCCAAACGGUGACAACAGGAACUGUUUGUGCUAAUGUAUAUGAAGGUAAACAGUUAGAACUAUCAUGCCAAAGUGGACAAGUAAUUUCACAAAUCCAAUUCGCUAGUUUUGGAAAUCCAGAAGGUCAAUGUGGUUCUUUUAAGAAAGGCUCUUGGGAUGCUACAAAUAGCCAAGCUGUCAUGGAAGCUGCUUGCGUUGGAACAAACAGCUGUGGAUUUAGUGUGACCAAAGAAAUGUUUGGUGGCGCAACAAGCGCUAAUAAUAGUAGUAUAGCUAGAUUAGCAGUGCAAGUGACAUGUUAA